AUGAAGUUCACCGCAAUCCUGCAUACUGUCCUCCUGGGCUUAACUGCCGCCUUCUCUCUCCCCACCGAACCGUCUAACAAACCCUCCCUUCCCGCCGUGGUGCGCCGCUCGCGCUUCACCGACCGCCUCAAUAGCCUCUCCCCACAGGGACCCUCCGCCGACUCACCCGGUGUCAGCUACACCCAGAACUGGGCGGGUGCCGUCGUCACGGCCGUCGGCUACCGGACCGUGGCGGCGACCAUCCGCGUCCCCGCCCUCCGCCUCCCUCCUGGUGCCAAAGCCGACACGCCCCACGCCGUCUCGGCUUGGGUGGGCAUCGACGGCGAGCACGCCUGCCCCAACGCCAUGCUGCAGGUCGGCGUCGACAUGUACAUGAACCACAGCGAGCCGGCGUACUGGGCGUGGUUUCAGUGGUACCCCAACCUAUCCACCUACCUCACCGACUUCGCCAUCAGCGCCGGCGACUCCGUCACCAUGAACGUCUCGGCCAGCUCGCUCAGCGCGGCGACCUUCUCCAUCACCAACCACAACACGGGCAAGACGGGCAUCUCGACGCUGGCGGACCAGGCGCCGUUGAUCUGCGGGUUCAGCGCCGAGUGGAUCGUCGAGGACUUUUGGGACUCGGACGGGGUGCCCUUGGUGGAUUUUGGGAGCAUCGAGUUCGUGGAGGCCAUGUUUUCCACCGACUUGGGCGUCACGGCGGGCGUGGAAGAGGCCAAGCUGGAGGGGGUCAAGGAGGGGUUGGCCGGGGAUCCGGUGAUUGAGUGCGGGAAGCUGGGCGGGGACGCGCUGACGUGCAGUUAUACCGGGGGUGAAAAUUCCUGA